CGUUGCUGGUUAGCUCCUGGCUCCUGUUGGCUCUGCUCUUCCAAGCGCCCUGUCCUCAGCCCCAGGGCUGCAGCGAGCGUGCGCCUGUGUGUGCCGGCACACGCCUGUGCGGGGGCUGCUGGUGGGGGGUCCUGCUCCACGCUCCCUGCCUGGUGCCCCCCACCCCGGCUUGUUGCAGCGCACAGCUUGUCGCCUUCCCAGUGCAGGACCUGGGGGAGGGACCCCCACUGCACACCGAGGCAGCGACCUCCCGUGACCUCAGAAGGGAAGGGUCAAAGGUCACCCUCAGGCUCUAGGCUGGAGCGUGCCUGCCUCGUGGUCCUCGGGCGGUGAUGACUGUGGCAUCUCCCUUGCCCCCUCCUCUGGUCCCAGCGGGGCUGCGCGCGGUGCGCAGAGACAGGAAUAGCUCCUGCCCGAGUUAUUCCAGGCAGGCUGGGGUCUGGCCAGCGUGUCCCUGGGGGCUGGCGGAAGUGCCAGUGCCUGACGUCAUCUGCCACAGCAGCGCGGAGGGAGCAGCAUGUGCGGCAUGGAGCAGGACCCCAGCUCCAGGGGCAUCGAGAGCUGCCCUGGGGUACUGGCUUGGGAUGGGCCCAGGGCUGCCGCAGGGCAGGGGGUGACCAGCUCCAGCGCUCUGCUGCCCCGGUGCGGUGGCUCUGGCUCCUGCCCACACCACAGGCCGGAGCCCCCCUCGGUCCCCCUGCUGUGCCUGGGGCCCUUUAAGGGCGAUGCCCAGCGCUGCGGGAAGGUGACCGGGGAGAAUGUGGCCGGUGAGCUCAUGACAAAAGCCCCCGGUCACAGUCACGGGGCGGGCACACCUGUCCCUUGGGCGCCGCAUAAAGCCUGGAGCAGCCGAGCAGCUGCGGGCACAGCAGCGAGGACCCGCCGCAGCUCCCAGCGCCAGGGCAGGCGGUGCCCAGGGCCGGAGCCAUGGCGGCGACUGUGGAGCAGGACCUGAAAUGGGCGACGGAGCUCAUCGACCAGAGGCUGGCGCAGGAGGAGGCGGCGAAGCAGGCGAGUCCGGGGACGCCGGAGCCGGGCUGAGCCCUGGCGCUAGCCCCGAUGGCCCUUCCCUGCGGAUCUAGCGCCUUACCCGGGCAAUGGCACCCAGCCUGGGGGCUGAGGGUGUCUGUGCUGGGUUUCAGAGCAGCUCUGGGCAGCCGCCAGCGCUGGUGCGGAUGGAGGUGCAGGAGCUGGAGGAUGAGAAGCACCGGGGGGCCCUUCCCCUCGGCAUCGCCGUCCUCAAGGGCCAGGAGCGGGUGCGGAGGAGCUCGGUGGACCUGCGGCGCGAGAUCAUCGACGUGGGCGGCAUCCAGCACCUCAUCGAGCUGCGCAAGCAGCGCCGGCGCCGGCGGGAGGAGCGGGCCGCCACGCCUGAGCCGGCGCCCGAGCCGGAGCCCGAGGACCUUGAUGCCGCGGUGGUGCCGGAGACGUUCCUGCGGGCGGCCGUGCGGGGCCAGCUCCGCCUCGUCGAGAAGUUCCUGGCUGACGGCGGCUCCCCGGACACCUGCGAUGAGUUCCACCGCACAGCGCUGCACCGGGCCUCGCUGGAGGGGCACAUCGAGAUCCUGGAGAAGCUGCUGGAGCACGGCGCCACCGUGGACUUCCAGGACCGGCUGGACUGCACGGCCGCGCACUGGGCCUGCCGUGGGGGACACUUGGCCGUGGUGAAGCUGCUGCAGGACCACGGUGCCAACCUCAACCUCGUGGACAAGCUCCUGAGCACCCCACUGCAUGUGGCCACACGCACCGGCCACGCCGACAUUGCAGAGCACCUCAUCCACGUCGGCGUGGCCAUCAAUGCUGUGGACAGGGUAGGUGCUGUACCUGCUCCGUGGCCCAGGCAUGCAGGCGGGAGGGGGUCUGGAGGCCACCGGGCCCCACUGCCUGGUGACGUGGGUGCCCAUGGCCACAGGAGGGGGACACGGCCCUGCAUGACGCCGCGCGGCUCAACCGCUACAAAAUCAUCAAGAUGCUGCUCCUCUACGGGGCCGACAUGCUGGCCAAGAACCUGGCCGGGAAGACCCCCAUGGACCUGGUGCAGCUGUGGCAGACGGACACGCGGCAGGCGCUGGAGACCCCCGAGCAGAGCAGGGUGGAGGUGGACACGGAGGCGCCGGCAUGAGAGCGGGCGCAGGCUCCAGCAAUAAAGUGCUGUGGUGGACAGCAGCGGGUCCAGGACCGUGUGCGCCUGAGGCUGGGCUGUGCCAAUGCUCCUGCUGGCACCAACCCCGCAGGGUCCUGGUGGAGGGUCUUGCCCCCGCACGCAGGCUCAGCCCCGCGCUGUGCUGGGGCAGGAAGGGAUUGCCCCCUGGUCAGACUGGUGCAGACUGGGGGGUUUUGCCUUCCUCUGCAGCGGGGGCACGGCCUGGCCUGGGCUCUGCAGCGCCCACGACCCCUGGCAGCAGCAGGACGUUGGUGGCUGCGGCCCCGCUGUGCCCCGGGGGCAGGGCGGGGGCGAUGCCUGGGGCUGUGUCGGGGACGACUGUGACGUGUCUCUGAGGUUGGACAUGGGGUUUGUCUGGGCUGGUUUGGACGGGGCUGAUCCUGCCUCAGGACUGGAUGCGACCCCGCGGUUCCCUGCCCGCCCUGUGGCUGUGUGGGGAGGUGAGGACACCCAGGACAGGGGUUGAGGGGCUCUUGCAGGACCUGGGUAUCACCGGCCGGCAGCCCCUGGGGGGCAGGAAGGGGCUGAUCCAGGAGCAGGGUCGCACACCUAGGGGUGCUCAGCACUGGUGUCCAGAG